UUUCAGAAAUGCAUGAAAUACAUACAAUACGAUUUAGAAGAAACACGAGGCGCACUGAUGAUCGUAGCAACUAUAAUAGCAACCAUGACUUUCCAAUCUGCAAUGAACCCGCCAGGCGGUAUUUGGCAACAAACGUACACAAAUUCCGGCGGCAGUCCUGUUUGUUCCGAAACAAACAUAUGCCAAGCCGGAACUUCUGUGUUAGCCUAUAAUUACCCAAACGAUUACACUAAUUUCCAGCUAUGGAAUGGUAUUGCGUUUUUUACAUCGCUAUGCGUGGUAGCUUUAGUUGUUGGUGGAUUUCCUCUGACGAAUAAAUUGUGUUUGUGGCUUCUAGCGCAAGCUAUCGGUAUCACGCUGAUUUUUCAUGCUCAGAGCUAUGUAAUGGGUGUAAUAUUGGUUACUCCGUCGAGAUUAAGAUCAGAAGUGGAAAAAACGGAUGUGAUCAUGUUUCGAAUUUUGUUAGGGGUGACUUUUUGUGCUUGCAUUAUUGAAUUGGCUUAA